AUGCGCUGGGAGAAUCUUGGUCUCUUCUUCGGGGCAGCCCUCUGUGGCACAACGGCAGCAAUUGCCAACUUUACUACUGAACUCAACAUCAUUCCAGGAGCAUACAUCGUAGAGCUUCAUGACGAUCACCACCCAAACUCGUUCAUGAGGACAAUCAAACCUCAAGGAAUCGCACUCCGACAAACGCUGAACUAUAAACUUUUCAAAGGUGUUUCGAUUCAAUUGGACAACAAAACUGCUGACCUGGAAACUGCCAUCAGCCAGAUUGCAAGCCAGGACAAUGUCAAGCAGGUUUGGCCCGUCAGGCGGAUUCCGUUGCCCAACGACACUGUAAUUUGGAAAGCCGGAGAUGGCCCUCUGUCUCGUAACGCGUGGAGAAAGCGGCAGCUCAGCAACACCAGCGAGUCUUACGCGCCUCAUCAUAAAUCAACUCAGGUCGAUCGUCUCCAUGCCAAGGGCGUGACCGGAAAGGGGACAAAGAUUGCAGUCAUUGAUACGGGAAUUGAUUGGAGGCAUCCCGCCUUAGGUGGUUGUUUUGGCGAAGGUUGCCUUGUUUCGUAUGGAAAAAACUUUUCCGGUAGCGACACUGAGCCACUUGAUUGUAUAGGUCACGGUACACAUGUGGCAGGUAUUAUAGCUGCCCAGAAGAACGAGCUCGGAGUUCUCGGAGCAGCUCCUGGAGUUACUCUUGGAAGCUAUAGGGUAUUUGGAUGCGUCGGGGGAGGUGAGGAGGACGUUUUGCUUGCUGCGUUCAACCAAGCGUUUGAAGACGGAAGCGACAUCAUCACAGCCUCUGUGGGUGCGCCAGGUGGCUUUCCCGAAUCACCUAUGGCGGUCGCUCUUCAGCGUAUUGUCGAAGCUGGCGUGCCAUGUACAGUCUCAGCGGGCAAUGGCGGCGGUGGUGGUCUUUUCAAUGCCGAAACUCCUGCGGACGGAAAAGGUGUCGCAUCCAUCGCAUCAACAGAAAACACCGAAAUUCCCGACCUCCUCCUCGAGGGUCACUAUGCGGUCGACAACUCCUCCAAGACGACCUUUUAUUGGAAACAGGGAUAUUUCUUCAAUGAACAUACCUGGAGCAACAUCAGCCUUCCUCUUUGGGCAACGCCGUACAACAAUUCCGGCACAGAGUGCGAAAUGUUACCAUCAGACACUCCUGAUUUAUCAGAUCGAAUUGUGCUCAUCAGAGCAGCGUCUGCAUGUUACGAUAUCGGGGUUGGACAGUUACUAGAGGAUGCAGUUUCCUAUGGCGCGCGCCAUAUGCUGCUAUAUGUGGAUAUUCCAGGCCCGGUAUAUUCAUAUAUAACAGAUAAGGAUAUCGACUCCUACGGAUUCAUUCCCUAUAACCAAGGACUGGAAUGGGCAGAGGACCUUGCAAAAGGCAGACGCAUCUUAGUCGACCUCCCGAACCCUGCCACUGCGAAUCAAUUUCUCAAGUCCGAUCCCAACCCCAAAGCUGGAUAUAUCAGCGAGUUCUCGACUUGGGGGCCUGGAAAUAGGAUGGAAUCUACAACUCACUUUGCCGCGCCUGGCUCUUUCAUUUUUUCAACAUACCCAUUGGAUCAAGGUGGCUACGCCGUUCUCUCUGGAACCUCUAUGGCUACCCCUCUGGCUGCUGCCAUUUAUGCUCUUGUGGGUCAGGUUCGAGGUACACUUGAUCCAAACACAAUCAAAAGCGUGAUUGCGUCAACUUCCAAACCCAAUGUCUUCUGGGCUGGCGGCCAAGCUUACCCUUACCUUGCACCAACGGCCCAACAGGGUGCGGGCCUUAUUCAAGCUUACGACGCUGCCUAUACUACCACAGUCCUGACUGUCCCCGAAAUCUCAUUCAACGAUACAGAUCAUUUGGUCGCAAACGUCACAUUCACUAUCAGAAAUAUUGGUGACAGAGAGAAGACGUAUUCGUUGUCAAACGUUCGCGCUGCCACAGCUUAUUUCCGAGACGAAAACAUGCUCCCUCAUGCAUUCCCUCCCGCAAUGGACACCAAAGGCGCCGAGUUAUCGUUUAAUUCCGAAAAGAUCACAGUCCCCGCGGGUGGCGAAGCGGUCGUUGUCGUGACGCCGACUCCCCCUGACCUCAACAGCAAACGUAUACCUGUUUACAGCGGGUUCAUCUGCCUCAAUGCCAGCGAUAACGAGUCGCUCAGCUUGCCGUACCUUGGAACGUCUGGAAGUCUCUACAAUCUAGAUCCUUUGGACAAAACCCCAGGGCGAAUGAUCGGCGUUCUGGAAGGGAGGUGGUCGAAACCGAUUCAAGGAAACGAGACCUUCACUUUCCCAAUUCCGAAGGGUCCGAAUGACCCGAUUACCUACACAUACCCAGUCGUUGGUAUAGUUAGCCUAAUUGGUACUCCAGAGUUCCGUUGUCAUGCCAUUUCCCUUGACCCAGCUCUUAAUCAACAAGAGCAUGCUGGGUUCAAAGUCGUUGGCAUGCUCAAGCACUUUCCGAUUCGCCUCUUGCCAAGGGCGGUGGUGCUUGCUAAUAUCAUCAAUGGUUUACUUGAGGAUGAUAGCUAUAUGCCGGCAGGUGGUUACAAGAUACUGUUUUCGGCUCUCAGGAACUAUGGGGACGCUAGCAAACCAGAAGAUUGGGACACUGUAGUAUCUCUUCCUUUUUUUAUCAACUAUACAGAUGAAGCAGCAAAGAGCAUAGGAUAG